GCUGUCGCUUUUACAUAGUUACUGUCCCUGGGUGUUACGGGAGUGGUUUUGCUCCUUUCAAAACAUGUUGAAACACGACCACAAAGUGAGUAGUCCUCGAGAGUCACACUAGAGGCGCGUGCUUUUUUGUUUAUCUUUCUCCCUGGAUCCCAGAGUCAAGAUGAGGCGCAGAUCUAGUAUUGUAUCAAGAUUUCUAGCGAUUAUUAUCACGGCUUGCUUCGUUUAUCCAGCAGUUUACUUAAAACUUGUCCAACUAAAUGUUUCAACAGGAGGACAGGUCGAGCACUUUCGAUUUCGCCGCUCAAUUCCGCCUUCAAAUAAUAACAGCAUCUUAAAUCAGGAAACUGCGGCUAAAAACUGCGUAAACCCGUCCAUCUCCGACUUUCCAAGUGACUUCAUGACUCAGUACCAACGUCAAAAGCAAGGUGGAAUCGUGUUUCAUGUAUUUGUGGCGAUUUACACAUUUGCCGCGCUCGCCACAGUAUGCGACGAGUAUUUUGUAUCCUCUUUGGAACGCAUUUGCGACGGGUUGAAUUUGAAGAGUGACGUGGCAGGAGCAACAUUUAUGGCGGCUGGGAGCUCAGCCCCUGAAUUCUUCACAUCAGUUAUUGGAGUGUUCAUCACCAAAGGGGACAUCGGAAUAGGAACCAUUGUAGGUUCUGCGGUAUUCAAUAUUUUGUUUAUCGUUGCUAUAUGUGGUAUGUUCGCCGGAAGUGUCCUAACUUUAUCGUGGUGGCCUCUUACCCGGGACUCUUUUUGCUAUAUGCUCAGCGUAGCUGCCUUAGUCAUCAUCACAUACGACAAAGAGGUCCACUGGUACGAAGGAAUGGCAUUGGUGUUAAUGUACCUCUUAUAUGUUACAAUCAUGUACUUUAACUCAACCCUAGAGGGAUUUUUCCAUUGGUGUUUUAACGUUGGAGUGGAAAAAUGUGAGGAAAGAAAAAAAGAAGAGGAGAAAUCGCUUAUUAAGAACGAACAGCCCUCUGAUUCACAAGAUGAGGAAGGUGGUCCUUCAGCGACUGAGAUUGAUGCGAUAUCAUUUGAAGGGAUGGAGGUGUCAAUAUUUGUGAUGCCAGAGGGUACUUUAAAGGCCAUUAUCUGGAUUAUAAUGCUACCUAUUUCCUGUCUAUUUUUUAUCACUAUUCCAGACUGCCGUAGACCCAGAUGGCGAAAGUGGUAUUUCUUGACAUUCUUGAUUUCCGUUCUUUGGAUAGCUGGUCUGUCUUAUAUACUUGUUUGGAUGGUGGAGAUAAUAGGCUACACCCUAGAAAUACCAGAUGUCGUUAUGGGUCUCACGUUUGUGGCUGCUGGCAGCAGCGUCCCAGAUGGUAUCUCAAGUCUUAUUGUUGCACGACAUGGUGAUGGCGACAUGGCGGUCUCCAACACUAUUGGCAGCAAUGUCUUUGAUAUUUUACUUUGCCUUGGGUUGCCAUGGUUACUGAAAACAACAGCAGUAGAGCAUGGUGGUGUAGUAACUGUUCUCAGUGGAAGCAUCAUUUAUACAUCAAUAUCUCUCUUUGGGACAGUUGUUGUCACCAUCUUGUUGGUUGUCUUGAAUCGAUGGAGGCUAAAUAGGUUAUUGGGGUGUGUUUUUAUGAUACUGUAUAUUGCAUUUAUAUCUGUCGCUACUCUUUUUGAGUUAAAUGUCAUUGGGGACUUUAACCUGCCUAUUUGUUCAGUCUAAAAUACUGAACAAAUAUGUAGAAAUGCUGUAUAUACCUGAUGAAUGCGGCUUUAUUAAAGGCUACAGGUGCAUACUAAGGAUUUGCUGAGGCAGGGGGGUGGGGGGGGGUUGCACAGUCAUAGGUAUUAAAUUGAAAAAGAUAGUAUUUGAUUAACCUUCGAAAGAAGUGACCUACUUUUUGGUGGCUAAGGAGAGGGUGGGCGCACACCCUGUGUAUGUGCAUGUCACAAGUUUUUUUGUUGGAAAUAGUUUUCUCAGACACCUUUUAAUUUGAGAAGAUACAGAAUCUUAGUGUGAGGAAUGGUUCUUCCUCACAAAAAUCAGUCAUAUAUGUUAUAAUCUGUUACUCGCAUUAAACAGACCCCCAUUAUAAAGGGCAUAUUUCUAGGUCAUAAAUGGUGUCUUAAGAGUUUCAGAUGUAUUACAAUUUUUUAACAUCCUUGUUUUCAAUGGCUACCAAAAAUUUAUAAAUAUAGAUGUCAUAGAACUUAACUGGCUGUUUGACUGGCAUGGACAAUAAGAGAGAUUGGUCAGACAUUGGGUCUCAGCUUAGCCUACCCUUGCAUUGGUAGAAUUUUAGUUUUCUUUGUUUUUCUUUGUUUUUAUUGAGAUUUAAAGUAUGGCUGUUAGCACUUUGUUAUGUGAAUUGUAAUAAGCUUUUUUUCGGAACACAAUGGCUUGAUUUUAGCAAUUUCUCACUUUUAUAAGGUAAUAACCUCAGGGCCAUAGCCAGGAUUUUGAGAGGGGUGGUUCGUUUUUCCAGCGGACCAAAUUUCUGGUAUACCCUCUCCUUGCUCUAUUAGAUUAGGCAAUCAAUACUUCGAAUAAAUUCAAUCUUGUAUCUAAAUUGUGAUUUUAAUUGGGUGCUUCUUCAACAUAUAGCGAUAAUAAAAAAAAGAUAAAUAUUUAAAAAA